GAACAAGAAAAACAGACAGGAUUUUAUACUGUGGAGGGAGAGACUGUCUCAGUCAUCGAAGUAGGAUGUUUGUUCUCAUCUGGGCGACUCUGUUCUUCACUGUGUGGAACGACAAUCCAGUUCUGAGUCAGCAGCCCACGUUGACACCCCCUCCAAUGACAGGGGGACAGGAGACCAAACUGACCUGCACGGCUCCUGGUCUCUGCUCUGAAUCUGAUCUUAAAAUCACCUGGAUGUGGCGAGGAAGAGGAGAGCACAACUCUCAUAUCACAGGAAACAUCACAGCCAAUCAAGGAAAAAACUCAACUUUGACCUUUAUCUCUUCAGCUGAACACCACGCUACAGAGGUCACCUGCAGGGUGAGCUGCACAAAUGACAUGGCAGAGCAGACCGUGACUCUGAAUGUAACCUAUGUUAAGAAACCUAAAAUCACUGGAAAUGCAGCUCUAAAGGAGGGUGAUACUCUGACUCUGACCUGCAGUGUUGAAAGCUUCUCUCCAUCCCGUAUCAUCAACAAAACCCUGCUCAAUGAAACCAUAAAGGAAAAGAAUUACAAUGAAAAGGCUCCUCUCAUCAUCCACAACGUGACAGCAGAACAUUCUGGACAAUACAUCUGUACAGCAGAAUACCUGGGAAACUCUGUGGCAGAACACACUGACGUAACAGUGACGUAUGUCAAGAAACCUAAAAUCACUGGAAAUUCAGCUCUAAAGGAGGGUGAUACUCUGAAUCUGACUUGCAGCGUUGAAAGCUUCUCUCCAUCCCGUAUCAUGUGGACUAAACUUGGCUCUAACGAAACCCUGCUCAAUGAAACCAUAAAGGAAAAGAAUUACAAUGAAAAGGCUCCUCUCAUCAUCCACAACGUGACAGCAGAACAUUCUGGACAAUACAUCUGUACAGCAGAAUACCUGGGAAACUCUCUGGCAGAACACAUUAACGUAACAGUGAUGUAUGUCAAGAAACCUAAAAUCACUGGAAAUUCAGCUCUAAAGGAGGGUGAUACUCUGAAUCUGACCUGCAGCGUUGAAAGCUUCUCUCCAUCCCGUAUCAUGUGGACUAAACUUGGCUCUAACGAAACCCUGCUCAAUGAAACCAUAAAGGAAAAGAAUUACAAUGAAAAGGCUCCUCUCAUCAUCCACAACGUGACAGCAGAACAUUCUGGACAAUACAUCUGUACAGCAGAAUACCUGGGAAACUCUGUGGCAGAACACACUGACGUAACAGUGACGUAUGUCAAGAAACCUGAAAUCACUGGGAAUUCAGCUCUAAAGGAGGGUGAUACUCUGAAUCUGACCUGCAGCGUUGAAAGCUUCUCUCCAUCCCGUAUCACGUGGACUAAACUUGGCUCUAACAAAACCCUGCUCAAUGAAACCAUAAAGGAAAAGAAUUACAACGAAAAGGCUCCUCUCAUCAUCCACAACGUGACAGCAGAACAUUCUGGACAAUACAUCUGUACAGCAGAAUACCUGGGAAACUCUCUGACAGAACACAUUAAUGUAACAGUGAUGUAUGUCAAGAAACCUGAAAUCACUGGGAAUUCAGCUCCAAAGGAGGGUGAUACUCUAAAUCUGAUCUGCGAUGUUGACAGUGUCCCUCCAUCUGUUAUCACGUGGUCUAAACUCGGCUUAAACAACAACCUGACUGGACUUGUCCAGCAGGGUGCUGGAAUGGCCAUACUUGUCAUCCCUAACAUGACAGCAGAAUAUUCUGGACAGUACCUCUGUACAGCAACACAUCAGACCAAAAUCCUGAAGGAAGGAGUAAACAUAUCAGUGAAAUUGUAUCCAAAGAUCCUAAACAGCUCAGGAUGCAUAAAUCAGUCUGAGGGUCUGACUUGCAUGUGUAUCAGUCAGGGGGUUCCCGUUCCCACCAUCAAAUGGCCGCUGUUGGAGAACCACACCGAGUACACUCGCAUUAUCACUGUGUCAAACCACACAGUCAACAGCACAGUCACCCUAACUGUAAAAGACUACAGUAACACUGUUGUUGAGUGUGUCAGCCACAAUAGAAAUGGAGAAGUAAAAGAGAACCUCAUCAUAAAAAACAUAGAACAAAAAGAAGAAGGUCAACCCAUGAAAUUGAUAAGAUUUAUGACACGGCUGGAAAUAAUCAUUGCAUUUUUGAUUGGCGUUCUUAUUUCUGGCGUCAUUUGUUGUUUGACAAGAAAAUGCCACAGACAAAAAAAGAAGACCUGUGGAAAUGUGGCUGAGACUCUGCUGAUGGUGACAAGUCACAAGGAUUCUGUGACAGAUGCUGGUCAUGCAGUGGAAGAUUAUCAGGCCAUCUACCAAGAGGCAGCUGAAGUAGAAGGAGGAGCUGUGGCGGCAGAGAAAUCAGACACGGACUACUCCAACAUUAAUUUCUCCCUGAUUAAAAGAAAGAUUGCGGCAAAGGCAGGGACAACACGUGGGACCACAGAGACAGAGUAUGCUGAAAUUAAAAAAGAAAAAACAGAGGCGAGACAAGAUGGAGAGGACAAAGAGGAAGAGGAUAUGAUAGGUGAGGAUAAGGAGAGAAAACAUUGUGUACCGGAUGAGCAGGAAGGGGAGGAUGUGGCACUGUAUUCCAGUGUGAAGGAUAUAAUCGAAUUUGAGCACAGUGUUGUUUAGUUAUUUGAGGAUAUUUGAGAAGUUAUUUCUGAAAUUUGUUCUGAUUUGAUGGAUGAUUGCUGUUAUGUGUAAUUGUUCUGUGUGUAGUUUCUGCAAUGGAACUGUGAUUAUCAAAAGCCAACCUGCAGUAAUGCUCAAAUGAUUGUUUAACAACCAUAAUGUAGUAGUUAUUUGGUUAAUCAUCUCUGUUGCAGCACAGGAGGUUGGUUGUAUUAGUAUAGAAUGUUAGUCUGUGUGAAUAAUUUAUUAUUAUUUUACUCUAUGUGUUAUUGUUAUUUAAGAAAUAACUA